UUGUUAAGCUUUUGUCUAAUACAAAUUGUGCUUUUCAACGUUUACGCAUAUACGUAGUGAAAUUAUAUAAAACGCAAUUGUUUAAUGCCAGUUUUUAUUUGUAUGGUGACGAAGUGGUUGUCAUUGUGGAUUCAUAUAUAUAUAAAUGUGCGUAUGUAUGUGUGUUUUUAAAUGAAUGUGUACACACACACUCUUACUGGCACACACAUUCAGUAGAAAAUAUGUGAACUUGUGUUGAUUUUAAGUGAGCUACAACCAAAGGGGAGCGGUUCGAAGUCACUGUAGGGCACAGAGUUUCGAUUUUUUACCCAUAUCUAUGUAUACUCACAACGCAUUUACAAUUGAUACGUUUUGACUCCCCACACACAAAGCAAGAGACAGAGAGAGAAAUAAAGAGAAAGAGAGGCACAGAAAUGGUGAGAGUUUAAGCGAGCGAACGAACAGGGAGCAAAUAAAUGGUCUGUCUGAACAUUUUACCACACUACCUCUUUGUCUGUUCAAGCGAGUUCUCGUGCUGGUAUUUUACUCGCUCGCGUCGAUGUGUAAAAUUAUUUAUUUUUUUUUCUCCUGGUUUGAUUUUGCAAUCGUUUGUGUCAGUGGUGGUUGUGUAGCUCUGUUCGGCUGCGCGUUAUUGUGAAUAUUGUUAAUGUACAAAUAUAUGCAAUAAUAUUAUGGAACACAAAUAUCUGUAUGUGCAGUUAACAAAAGUCAGGCAUACAUUUCUAUAGUAUACAUACAUAUAUUCAUAUAAUCGAUGUGCGUAUGCGUGUGUCUUAAAAAGAGCAAUCGUCGUUGAAGUUCGACUACCAUGACUACGCAAUAGCAACAACAAGAGACAGCGCGACUCGACUUGGUUAGCUUUAAAUGAGACAAACAAAAGUUUGAGCAAUCAAGAAUACAAAAUAAACAAACAAACAACAACAAGAACACCAACUGCAGUUAAGUACCAAGCAGCAGCCGCAACAUGCUGAACUCCAAUGCGAAUCAUUCGGGCAACAGCCGGCGGCCGUUUUCCCGCAAUUCCUCCUCGGCCCGUUCACAUCGUGGCCGUAUGCUGUACUCCCCGCAUCCGCAUGGUCAGCAGCAGCAGCAGCAGCAACAACAACAACAACAGCAGUCGCAGAGAAACAACAACAAUAACAACAAUGGCCUUGUGCCGGGUCAUAGUCCCUGGUGCAAUGUAAAUCUGAAUCGCCACAAUAAUGAUAGCAACAACAACAACAGCAACAACAAUGCCAACAAUAACAAAGAUGCAAUCGAUGGCAGAAAUUCGAAUUGCGAUGUACAAACAAGUAAUUCUAGCGGAACUUGUAUUUAUAACAAUAGCAAAACGCAUCAUCACAAUAACAGCCUUAACCUCAAUCAUGAUCAUAAUGCCUCCUCACAACAACAGAAUCAUCAGUCACAAGUCCAUCAUAGCCAGCCCACUCAGUAUAACAGUAACAAUAACAGUAUCAGUAACAAUAACAGUAACAGUAACAUUAACAGUAACAGUAAUGUUAACCAUAACAGCUAUCAUCAUUCAAUUACCAACAUUGCACACGACAACAAUUGCACUGUUAACAAUAGCAGCAGUAAUCGCAGUAGUUUGCGAAGUCUACACAAUGAAAACCACAAUCCCAAUCAGUAUUUAAUCUCCAAUCAGAGUCCAAAUGUGAAUCACGGCUAUCAGAGCUAUUUUGAUAUGUGCCACAGUGCUGCGAGUGUGCCUCCUGCUUUUGGUUCAAUGUCCGUGUCCGUUGUUCGAUUAAAUCCAGCACGCUUAUGUUUAACUGUUGCCCCCCCGACCACAAGCACACCUACAACACGCCGUAGCACACCCCUUGCCCUGAUAUCCUUACCAGCCCAACAGCAUAACAACAACAACAACAACCACAAUCACCUUCCACAUAAUUUCAAUCAUAAUCAUCAAUAUCACAGCACCCAUCACAGCUACAACAACAACAACAACAGCAACAACAACCAGUAUCACCAAUCACAACCACAACCACUGUCACAACCACAGCCACAACAACAACCGACUAAUCGCCAAUCCCUCCCGCUAACACGUACGAAUUCAAAUUCAACAACCGCAACAACUUUCAAUUCAACCAAUACAACAACAAAUAGUAUUCCUACUGAUGUUGUGAAUGUCAAUUCUUGUACCGAUAUAAUUCCUCAUGGGUCAACUGCGCCACAACAACAACAACAACAACAACAUCCACAACCACAACAACUGUGUUCACAACGACAACAACGACGAUCUCAAACCCAACAACUACAACAACAACAACCACAACAAAUGCAACUGCAACAAUUGUCGCCGCCGCUUCUUAUGAUAAACCUCAACCAAUUGACUGAUACUCAUUAUAACCAUGCAUCCAUCAAUAGUCAUAGCCAAGGAUCUGCAGGACCACAUCACGGCCAACGUAACUACAACAAUCGCAACAACAACAACAUCAAUAAUAAUAGCAAUAGCAACAACAACAACAACAAUGCGAUUAGUGUGAACAAUUCUGACUAUAUGAAUUAUCGUCGCGCAUGUCCCGCUUUGUCCCGUGACUAUCAGCAACACCACAACAACAGCAGCAACAACAAUAAUAUUAACAACAACAACAACAAUCUGGGCAACGGCCACAACAACAACAACAGUCGUCGCCACAAUGGCAACUAUGACAGAAAUGCAAACAAUAAUCACUUUAAUAAUGGUAGUUCGGAACAGAAUGUGGAUCAUAGAGCUGAUGGUGGCUAUAGCUUUAUGCGCAAUGGGGGAAGUGGCAACAGCUAUGGUCGGAAUGGUGCCCAGCACUAUCAGCAGCACAUGAGCAAUGGCUAUAGCAACAACAACAACAACGGAAAUAACAACAAUGUUGCAUCUGGAUCCUCCGCCGGACCUGGCCUAAUGGGUGAUGUUCCGUCCGGCUCCGGUUUGUCCGGCUCAACGCUAUCGCUCAACAAUGGACUCGGUCCCAAUGGCAUCAACUCGGAUAGUCCAUCGCGCAAGCGUCGCCGCAUUUCGGGUCGGCCCAGUCAAUCGCCGCCAGCUAUUUGGGAGCCUAGACGCUCACAGCGCGUUAUGAUGCAACAGGGCAGUCCGCCGUUGCGUCGACCACGACUGCGCGAUGUGGCCACCUCCACGCAGCAGCAGCAGCAACAGCAACAAAUACAACAUCCACAAUACGCUCCACAGCCGCAUCAUUCGCAACAGCAACAGCAGCAGCAGCAGAUGCCUCCGAACUACCAUCCAAUGCAUCAUCAUCAGCAGCCCCAGCCGCACUACGCGCCGCAGCAACAGCAGCCGCAUCAGCACACACACUCACAUCGCUCGCCGUGGGAUCUGGCUGGCAAUGGUCCGGCCGUGGGCAACGCUGGCGGGCCAGCUCCGAGCAGCACUGUGGGCGCCAUAUUGCAGCAGGUGCAGGCACCGCCGCCGCCACCACAGGCACCCAGUCAUCAGCAGGGAGUAGGUGCUGCACCGCCGCCACCGCCACCCACCUCGCUAAUGGUCGACCUCAAUCUGGCUCUGCGUCACGAGCCCAUUUGGGCAUCCUUCUGCACGUAUCCGUUGCCAGCCCAAGCACGUCUGGCGCCUUGCCAUCUGCAUGGCAUUUAUGCGCAACCCUUCACAGCAGCGCCUGCCGGUCUGGCUGCUGCUCCGCUGCAGGUAACUCAGGUUCCGACACCCACACAAGUGGCAGCUGCAGCAGCCGCAGCACAGCACAUGAUCCAAGCGGCAACGAUUACGGCACAGCAGCAGCAACGCGACGUGGCCGCCAUUGCAGUGGCUAAUCUGACAUUGGAGCCACAGCCCAAUGCCCACCAUAUGGACGGACAUCAGGCGGCCGCUGCAGCGGCUGCAGCAGCAGCCGCAGCUGCAGCAGCAUCUGUGCCAGUGGGCUCCCAGGCAACGCAUCCCCAUCCACAUCCACAUCCACAUGCACAUGCCCAUCAGCUGCCGAGCCACAUACACAUUGCCUCGAUGAGUGCUGCAGCGGCAGCGGCUGCUGCACAGCAUAUACAUUCCAAUGCGGCGGCAGCAGCAGCUGCUGCACACGCCACUCAAAUGUCGGCAGCAGCGGCACCGCAGCAAAUAAUUAUAUCAUCAGAGCGACGCACAUUCCCGCCGCACAGACGCCUACCGCGCUUCUGGCCGGCCAAUCAUGGACCACACCGGCAUGUCCUGCCGCCGCAGUCGCUGGCACCACAUCAAGCACCCGUGCAAAUCCAAACCACCGCUGGCAUUAUCAAUCCGGGCUUCUUGCUCAAUUUCCUCGCCAUGUUCCCGCUAUCACCGUAUAACCAACACGAUCUCAACUCCGCGGACACCAAUGAGACGGAGAAUUAUGAGGCGCUGCUCAGCCUGGCUGAGCGUUUGGGCGAGGCCAAGCCUCGCGGGCUAACUCGCAACGAAAUUGAUCAGUUGCCCAGCUAUAAAUAUAAUCCAGAUGCACAUAGUGGCGAUCAAUCAUCCUGCGUGGUCUGCAUGUGUGAUUUCGAGUUGCGCCAGUUGCUGCGCGUAUUGCCCUGCUCCCACGAAUUCCACGCCAAGUGUGUGGACAAAUGGCUGCGCUCGAAUCGCACAUGCCCGAUUUGCCGUGGCAACGCUUCCGAUUAUUUUGAGAGCGGCGAUCAUCAACAGCAGCAGCAGGUUUCGGCACAGGGAGYAACAACCACAACAUCAAUAAAUGGUAACAUUGCCACAGCUACCACCACCAAUGCGUCUGCGACUGUUACCGCCACCGCCACCGCCGUCAUCGUCAAUCCACAGCAGAGCCAGGCCGCUUAGGGCAAUACCAGCAACAAUAACAAUAAUAAUAACAAUAACAAAUACCACAACCAAACGCUUUCGCCACGUCGUCCAGGUGCCACAAGUAAUGGAGCACACACAAAAUCACAACAAACAACAAACACAUAUACACACAGUUAGCCUUUAUAAAUAAUUGAUAUAACGCGCAACGAAUCCAACUGCCAAAUCGCUUCCCCUUUAAACCAGACCACAUCAAUAGCUUGUCGUAGUACUUUACUUAGGCGGUAGUUGUAUGUUAGUAACGGUAAAUGGUUAAAGAAGAAACAGACACACAUACACACACACACACUAAAUUGUAUUGUUAAUGUAAUUAUAUUCAAAUACAUACCACCAAAAUUUCAUACAUAAACAAGGACUACAUUAAAUGCACAAUUAUCGAUAAUAUCUCAUCGAUAGUAAUAUUGAAGAAGUUGAAAAUAAGUAAACUCAA